AUGGCUACCAUCGAGGAUCUGCUAGCCGAACAAAUCCAAACGAUAUAUUCCAUCUCGAGAGUUCUGCCGAACUUUAAAAAACUUGGACAAGCCAAGAUGACCCGCGCUGUAUCCCAGGAACGACUUGCCGGUCUCAAGGAGUACUUCGCAAAGUGCCAGAGCCUCCAAGCGAAGAUUACGCGCCUAGCCAGUGCCAAGAUGAAGUCGAAGCACGAAUAUUUCCAAACCGAGCAAUUUUUGGCGUGUGAGGACGUCUACAACCAAACCGCGGACUACAUCGUGGAGGUAUUAGCCGGAUUUGAGAUACCAUUUUACCAAGCCACAGCAGCAGACGUAAGCGGUUUUUCUGAUUCUUCUCGUCCGUCAACUCGUUUACCGAAGCUGAAUCUACCUACGUUCGACGGGAGUAUCGACAAGUGGGAGAACUUCCGCGACCGAUUUACAUCGCUUAUUCGUUACGAUCAAACGCUAUCAAAUGUAGAUCGCAUGCAUUACCUUAUCUCUUGUGUUAAGGGGGAAGCAAGUAACGCGCUAAGCAAUCUCGCGGUAACGGAUGCUAAUUUUCCCAUAGCUUGGGAUAUUUUGAUCGCGCGGUAUGAUAACAAACGCCGAUUAAUUAAUUGCCAUUUACAAUCCUUAUUAAAUUUACCGUCAGCCUCCGCGAACACUUCCAAGGACCUUUGCGCACUCCGCGAUCAAACCAACGCGGCAGUACACGCUCUCAAAAAUCUCGAGCGACCAGUCGAACAUUGGGGUGACAUUUUAGUGUUUUUGGUUACGCAAAAACUCAAUAAACAUUCGCGAGAAGCUUGGGAAUUAAAGCACGGCAUUACAGUUCCGUAUCCCACGUUUGAGGAGCUCAAUAAAUUCUUGAACAAUCGAAUUCGAGCAUUAGAGACAAUGCUCCCGGUAAAGCCAAAAGAAAAGUCAACAGACGCGACUAAAUCAACGAAAAAUAACACUCUCGCAUCACAUGCGGCUUCGACCUUUACAUUCGCUUGUCCUGUGUGUAAGGGCAAUCACCUGUUGUACCAAUGUUCGACCUUCUUAAACCAAACACCGUCUCAGCGUUUCGACUUUAUUCGGAAAAAUAACCGUUGCCUUAAUUGCUUCAGUUCGAAGCAUAACAUGAAAGAAUGUACAAGCUCGCGCGUAUGCAAACAGUGCCAUAAAAGGCAUCAUACGUUAUUACACUUUAAUGCCGCUACCAAACCGUCAAGUUCGGACCAAACCGUUGCGCCAGAGACAGCCCGCGAUAAUAGCGAAAGCGAAGUCGCAAUUCAUUUAGUUUCCGAAACCCUACCGUCGUCCUCGACAAUUCUCCUCGCCGUCGCCCGAGUACGGAUACAUUCGCAACAUGACCGCGUCGUUACAGUGCGCGCUCUUAUUGACCCGGGAUCCGUCGCGACUCUCAUUACCGAGUCUGUCGUCCAAUGCCUCAAACUUCCGAAAGUUAAAACCUUUGUACGUGUCACCGGCGUUGGCGAAGCCGAUUCGAUUGUGCGUCACGCGACAAAGGUUACGAUUACUCCUACGUCUGGCGACGGACCUGCCUACGCGACGAACGCGCUCAUUCUCAAAAAAUUAACCAAAUACCUACCGUGCCAAUACCCGUCGACGAGGCACUGGAGGCAUGUUUCCGGGCUCAACUUCGCCGAUAGCGAUCCCAUGAGUCGCGAACCGAUUAACUUAAUCAUUGGAGCGGAUCUCUACGGAAGAUUACUUCGAGAGGGCAUUCGUCAGGGUCCCGCAAAUGAACCCGUUGCACAAAAUACCGCGCUGGGCUGGAUUCUAUUCGGUCCAGUCACUAGCUCAUCCACCCAUCCUCGAGCUUCCGUUCACGUUCAUAACGGAGUCGCAGAGGAUCUCGACUCCGCGCUCCGCAAUUUUUGGGAGAUUGAAGAGAUCCCUCAGAAAUCACACAUGAGUCCUGAGGAAAGCCGUUGCGAGGCUCAUUUCGUUGGGACUCACACCCGUAUAAAUCAAGGACGCUACGUCGUCAGACUACCGUUUCGAGGUGAUCUUCCCGUCGCGUUGGGUGAUUCACGCCCUACGGCCUUAGCAAGUUUACAACGUCUGGAAAAACGCCUCCACCGUGAGCCGAGUACGGCUUCAGAAUACCGCGAGUUCCUAUCCGAAUAUGUUGACCUCGGUCACAUGGUCAAAGUAGCCGAGCCCUCGACGGUGGACAUCAAGUCCCCGCGAUAUUAUAUACCGCACCACGCUGUAAGGCGAGCAACGAGCGAGACGACACGCUUACGCGUCGUAUUUAACGCCUCAAGCAAGACAACCAACGGCUUGUCGUUAAACGACCAGCUAUUGGUCGGCCCAAAAUUGCAAAUCGACAUUGCCACCGUUAUUUUGCAAUGGCGUUUACACCGAUAUGUGCUUACUGCCGACAUUGCGAAAAUGUAUCGGCAAAUUCUAGUCGAUCAUCGCGAUACCGAUUUUCAACGCAUUCUAUGGCGCGAUUUACCUGACAAACCGGUCGACGACUAUCGCUUGUUAACUGUCACGUAUGGGACAGCUUCCGCGCCGUACCUCGCGCUUCGUGUUCUUAAACAAUUAGGGCAAGACGAAGGCGCGCGGUUUCCACUUGCCGUUCCAAUAUUAAAUUCACAGAUCUACGUAGACGAUGGCGUUUUCGGAGCCGACAAUAAAAAUGUAGCUCGUGAGAUGCGCAACCAAUUAAUUGCACUAUUAGAUAAGGGCGGUUUUCGGCUGCGGAAGUGGGCAAGCAAUUGUACCGAUUUAGUAGCCGAUAUCGACCCGUCGGAUCACGGUCUCGCUCAGCAAAAAUUAUUAACCGGAGACGAGCAACUUAAAGUUCUCGGAAUCGCAUGGAAUCCUACGCCGGACGUGUUUUAUUUCCACGUGUCUCUCGGCCAGAGCCUCGAUAAGACAAAACGCUCGAUUCUAUCAACAAUCGCCAAACUGUUCGAUCCGUUAGGCUGGGUGGCACCCGUCAUUAUCACUGCCAAAAUAUUUAUGCAGCAAUUGUGGCUGCUUAAAUGCCAACGGGACGACGAGAUACCAGCCGAUUACCUCUCGCAGUGGCGACAUUAUCAUGAGAGACUCCAGUCUCUUAACCGUCUGGAAAUUCCUCGCUGGACGGCGCAUGGAGCUAACACGAUACAUCGCGAACUGCACGGCUUUUCGCACGCUUCGACUAAAGCGUACGCCGCGUCGGUCUAUCUUCGCACACUUUCCGCCGACGGGUCCGUCACUAUUACGCUUCUCAUGGCAAAAGCGAAAGUAGCUCCGCUAAAAACCAUAAGCGUGCCGCGCCUCGAACUAUCAGCCGCGCUAUUGCUCGCUCGACUGCUAAAAUUCGUGCAAUUGACGCUUAAUUUUGCCAAUGUUGAUUGUGUUUGUUGGACAGAUUCAACAAUUACUUUGACGUGGAUUAGUCAAUCUCUAGCACGCUGGAAAACUUUUGUCGCGAAUCGCGUCUCCGCGGUUCAAUUAUUACUGCCCUGUGCAAAGUGGCGGUAUGUCCCGACCGAAGCUAACCCUGCCGAUUGUGCGUCUCGCGGCUUAGCACCCGAUGAAAUCGAACAGCAUCCGCUAUGGUGGACCGGGCCAUCUUGGCUCUCAAAAUCGCCUGAUCAUUGGCCUUCCAUGCCGUCCUCCCUCAAUCAUGCCGAUACAUCCGUCGAGGAGCGUAAUCUUCAAUCAAUUUGUAUCGCCGGUGUCGUGGAACAAUGA